AUGUCGGCGUUCGAGAAGCUCGUAAGAAAGCGGGCGUACAUAAAAGGGCGCGUUACUUCCAUAAACCGAUGGAUCCAAACGUGCGUCAUUUCCGAAUCAACGGAGCACGAGAUCGAUACGUUUUUAAGCGCACUGGAUCGACAUCUCAAGGAUUUCUCGCAGAUACAGGACCAAAUCGACGAACAAGAUGGCGUAUCUGGCGACGAGCAACAGAAGGAACGUGGCGAUUUCGAAGACGGCCAUCUUAAGACCGAGUCGUCCCUCCGUUUGUUGCAAGCACGAACUCGAGCGGCGCAACAGGCGACCGCAGCCGCAGCGCCAUCCAACGCCGCGCAACGAAGCCAGUCAUCAAACACACCGACGACUGCAUCUGUCAAACUUCCCGAGAUCAAACUAACCCCAUUCGACGGUGAAUGGGAGAACUGGUUGACUUUCAAGAAUAUAUUCACGGAGCUUAUCCAAAACAAUGUGCGAUUGAACGACACACAGCGGUUCUAUUACUUACAGUCAUACGUAAGCGCGGGAUCGGCGAGGCAAUACGUCGAACUUCCGCUCACCGCCGAAAACUAUGCCGUCGCGUGGCAGCAGCUGACGCAGCAUUACGAUAACGAAGCUCGCAUUAUAAAGAAACACAUCAAGAAUUUCUACGAUUUGAAGAUAACACAAGAAGACUCCGCAUCAUCCUUGCAGACUCUGAUCGACGGAGUGCGGCGAAAUUAUCAUGCCUUGAAGGCUCUCAAGCAACCGGUUGACAAGUGGGAUGCGUUUCUCACGUAUCAUAUUACGAUUAAACUCGAUGCAGCGUCAAGAAAGGAGAUCGAAUCAAAGGCUCCGACCGACAGAAUACAAACCUUCGAGGAAAUCAUGACAGUGCUGGAAGAACGAGUGCGCGUGUUAGAGGCAAUUGCGACAAGUGCGCGCGCGAAACCGGAAAGGUCCAGUAAGGCCUUUGUAACUACAUCAAAGGUUAUGUGUGGCAUAUGUCAAGCGCUCUUCAGUGUUCAAGUGCAAGAAGCUAACGGACCUGCCGGCAAUUCACAUCGUGCAAUAGAUUGCAAAUCCGGAGGCUGCCGAAUCUGUCAAAGGCGACAUCACACGCUGCUCCAUUUGAAAACAAACGCGCUCGAGUCUCCGACACAGCCAAACGCGAUCGACACAAAGGAUGCCUCGUCUAACGGAAGUAAACAAGAAGCUAACGUGAGCUCAUCGACAACGACUUGCAAUUUGAAUGUUCGUCCGGAACCUAAAGUCAAGCAAGUAUUACUAGCUACUGCGAUAAUCAAAAUUUAUGAUUUUAGUGGACAGGAGCAUCUAGCUCGAGCACUCCUUGACGGGUGCUCUCAAAACAGCUUUAUAACUACACGCAUGUAUCAAACGUUGCGACUGAAGGGAAGAAGGGUUAACCUUCAAGUAACUGGAUUGAAUGAUGCUCAAACACGGGCACAUAUUAUUGUGCGCACAACUAUAGGAUCACGCAUCUCGUCUUUUAGAACACCUCUUGAACUGCUAGUUACAGAACACAUCACUCAGAAUAUGCCGAUCUGCCCCAUCGAGGAUGCUAUGCAGAUUCCGACGACCGUUCAAUUGGCUGAUUCGCAAUUUCACACGCCCUCCAAGAUUGACUUGCUAAUUGGAGCCAAUAUUUUCUGGGAUCUACUCACGGGAGAUCAAAUCGCGAUGAAGCAUGGAUUUCCAAAACUACAUGGCACGGUCAUAGGUCACAUAAUAGGAGGACGAAUUCUGGAGCAAAAACGCCAGCCGAAACUGACAGUGUCACUUGCAUGUACGGUGAAUAAUUUGAACGAGCAAAUACAAAGAUUCUGGUUGCAAGAGGAAGUGAUCAAGGAUCGGGCAUUAUCACUCGAAGAAAGGGAGUGCAAGCUACAUUACAAGCAAACAACGGUGAGAAAGCCGGACGGAAGAUACUCCGUGUCAUACCUUACGAAGCCGGAGAUCACGAAUCUCUCCGAUACCAAGAUGGCAGCAUUGCAGCAGUUUCUUCGGUUGGAGCAACGAUUACGAAGAGAACCUGAAAUACAGAAAUUGUACCACGACUUCAUGCAAGAAUACAUCGACUUAAAGCACAUGGAGCCGGUAAACGAGACAUCUGAUUCUGAGCCAAAGGCGGUGCAAUAUUACUUGCCGCAUCACCACGUUCUUAAGCCCAGUAGUACUACUACAAAACUACGAGUGGUUUUUAAUGCCUCGUUUAAGAUAGAACCACAUCUAUCACUUAACGACGUUCUGAAGGUAGGUCCCCAGACCUAUUUACCGUAA